AAUAAUUUGACUUUUCAAGAUAGCUACAAAAUAACUUAUUUCAGAAUCAAAGAAGACCAGGUUAAGGUCUUAUCAUAUAAAGGUAAUUUGGAAAGGCCUGAAAAUGGCUCCAGUAGCUUUAACAGGCCAUUUGGCAACUAAAAUUAUACCUAAAAAUGGAUACAUGAGUAUUGUUUACAUCAAGUCUGCGCAAUAUAGCAGCGAUGGAAAACUCAAUUUGGCUUCUUACAAGAGAGGAACUGGUGGUCGUAGUAGCUUCAAUGGUGUCGUGGCGACCGUAUUUGGCUGUACAGGGUUUGUUGGUCGUUAUGUUUGCAACAAGCUUGGCAAAACAGGUACCCAGAUGAUAUUGCCUUAUAGAGGAGACUUCUAUGAUGUCCAAAGGUUGAAAGUUUGCGGUGAUCUUGGUCAAGUUUUAUUCACACCAUUUCACUUACAAGAUGAUGAAUCCAUUGCCAAAGCAGUCCGUUAUUCCAAUGUUGUGAUUAACCUAAUUGGGCGAGACUAUGAGACUAAAAACUUUAAGUUUAAUGAUGUACAUGUUGAUGGAGCCAGGCGUCUAGCAAGAAUCAGUAGAGAAAUGGGAGUAGAGAGAUUUAUCCAUUUAUCCUAUUUAAAUGCUGAGGAACAUCCAACUCCUCUUGUUAUGAAGAAACCAUCCAUGUUUAAAAUCAGCAAGUACUUGGGUGAAUGUGCUGUUAGAGAGGAGUUUCCUACUGCAACAAUUCUUAGAGCUUCUGAUAUCUAUGGUUCAGAAGACAGAUUCCUAAGAGCUUUUGCAUCCAUCUGGCGCAUUCAUAGCCAUAUAAUGUCACUGUAUAAAAAUGGUGAAGCGACUAUUAAGCAACCAGUGUAUGUCAAUGAUGUGGCACAGGCCAUCCUCAAUGCUGCCCGUGACCCAGACACCAGAUGCAUGACAUAUCAAGCGGUUGGACCUAAACGUUAUCUGCUGCGUGACCUAGUCAUCUGGUUCUACGAAUUAAUGCGAAAAGAUAAGAGUUCAGGAUUCCGUGUAGUGGAUAUGAAAUAUGACCCUCUUUUGCCCCUUAAGGUUAUGGUGGUUAACAUGAUAUCACCAGCUUAUCCAUUUGGAAACUUGUGCUGGGAAAGCUUGGAAAAGGAAGCUACUACGGACAUUCUUGUAAAAGGAAUGCCCACUCUAGAGGAUCUUGGAGUCACCCUCACAAACAUGGAAGACCAAGUUCCAUGGGAAUUGAAGCCCUACCGUGCCUAUCAGUACUACAUUGACAAACUUGGAGAGUUCCCUAGGCCUCCUAACCCUAAAGUACAACCAGCAUAUUAAAAGUAAAUGCUAUUUAGCAGUCAAAUGUAAAACAUGUGAACACUACUUCACGUUGUAGAAUGUUUAAAUGAAUAAAUUAUGUUUCGUUUUACAAAA